UGAUGACUGCGCUGCUGGGCCGUCAGCCGGCCGUUCAAAAUACCGAGCGUUUGGUGGCUCGGCAGCCGGUCGCAGUUCUUCCGCCUGCUUGGCCUCGCCCGAGCCCGAUACAACGCAAACAUGGACGACGACCCAGAGUGGAAUAGAGAGCAGCAGGACAAUGAGAUUCUGGCUUUGCAGUCCAUCUACGAAACCGAGUUCGAAAUCGAGUCGUCUGAUCCCCAUGUUGGAAUCCUAAGAAUCAACUGCGAGCUCCCCUUCGAAGGAGUCCAUGUCCGGCAACGGCCCGCGGACAGCACCCCCGAGCUAAUCAGCCGCAAUCCCUCCCAAGCCGAUCAGCAGUCGGCCAGUCCUGCAUCCGACGACGCCAUAGCAACCGCCCACAUCUUACAUCUCCCGCCAGUGACUGUUCGAUUCAUGAUGGCCAAGGGCUAUCCCUCGCGCGAGCCCUUGAUUCUGCAGGUCGAAUGUCCUUGGCUGCACGCCCGGCGGCAGACGGGGCUCUGCAAAACCUUUCGGCAAUUCUGGGAUGAGGACCACGACGUGAUUCUCUUUCGGAUAGCCGAAUUCAUCAAGUCCGAACUGCUGGAGAGUUUCGGGUACCUGCAGAAGGACGAGAACUCGACAGCAUCCGAGGAAGUGCCUGUUCUUGAAAUCGAGUGGCCCAGCCCACAGCACGCAAGAGAACCAUUCAACAACGUCCUGGACCAACUCAUUGAGUACAGCCAGCUCCAGGAGCAGCGCAUCUUUGACGAAUCUGUCUUUAGUUGUGGCAUCUGUCUCGAGUCAAAGAAAGGCACAGCAUGCUUCCGAUUCAGCCGCUGCAAGCACGUCUUUUGCAAAGGCUGUCUCGAGGACUUUUUCUCGGCAAUGAUCACCGAAGGGUCGGUUUCGUGCGUUGGCUGUCCGGAUCCCGAAUGCACCAAGCUGGACUCGAAGAACCACGAACUGACGUCGGCUGGCCGAUUGCCAGUCGCAGACGUCCAGCGCAUCGUCAACAAGACACUCUCCAAACGGUACACGGAAAUCAUCCGCAAGAAGAUUCUCGAGAGCCGCAACGACGUCACGUACUGCCCACGACAGGACUGUGGAGCACCCGUAAUCCGUGAAAGCAUGGAUGACAAGCUGUGCGUAUGCAAGGAAUGCGGGUUCGCCUUUUGCUGCUUCUGCCGCAAGUGCUGGCACGGCUACCAGAGCUACUGCAAGCUCUCGAAUCUGGACACAAUUCUAGAGCAGUAUCUCAAGGCCGACGACAGCGCCAAAGCUCUUCUUGAGAAACGCUACGGCAAGAAGAUGCUUCUGAAGCUUGUUAAGGAGAUGGAGGACGAGAAAGAAAGCGAGCUCUGGAAGAAGAACAACACUCAAAAGUGUCCAGAGUGUUGUAUAUCCGUCAUCAAGUCCGAGGGCUGCAACAAAAUGACCUGCCACAUUUGCAAGACCUUCUUCUGCUACAUAUGCGGCUCGUUCCUCUCGCGAGAUGCACCGUACUGGCACUUCAACGAUUCCAACAGCGGAUGCUACCAGCGCCUGUUUGAUGCGCCCGAAGAUGAUGAAACGAUCCAAAACCGGGCCCGUAAUGCCGAGGAUGGCGAGGCUGUAGAACCCUGGUGGGGCGCCAAUGCUGCGCCAGAUGAGCAGGCCGAGUGGUUCCCGAAUGAGGAGGUUAUCAAUCUUGUCCUCGGAGAAGGGCACGGCGAAUAGACUCAUUGAAAGUGGCGCGAAAGGCGCGCUGCUGUGAACCGAUAACCCAGAUGAAAGCAGACGACCGAAGGCACAUGGUCUCGACGCUGAUACGUCCAUCGGACAUGCCUUGUAGCAUUGCUCAGGUCGCAUCAUGAUAGCGGAAUGCCGCGAUAAAUGUGCUGGUUGUGUCCUCACUGCAGGAUAAUACACCUUGGGGCUUCUUGCAGCUCCGUAGCGAUCGGUGCCCCAUUCGAAGCGAUGCGUCCGACUCGGAAGUGGUCGACGAGGAGGA